AUGCGGAUACAGAAUGAAGGCGCAGGGAAGAGCUCGUGGUGGGUGAUCAAUCCGGACGCAAAACCUGGGAGAAAUCCACGACGGCAGCGUUCCGCAACGUUGGAAACAAGCACCAAAAGCACAAUACUGAAUCAGGAACUGUAUGCGGACGAUGAAUCGCUGAAUUAUGAACAAUUCCAUUCGCGAACCCAAUCGAAUAUCUCGUUGUCCGCUUCAACAUCAUGCGUUUCACCAUCAGUUAGUGAAAGUUUCCAGUCCUUCGGGAAUUUCAGUUUUCCCAGUUUUAUGGACACCACCGUACCGCACGAUAUUCUGAAUCGGACCAACGAGGUCAGUGUUUUUGAGCCGAAAAAGGCAAAUGCAUUUAUCGCUUUCGGUUGA